GGUGGCCCCGCCGGUGCUGGCAGGCCUGGCAGGGCAGGAGGCAGGGCAGGUCCUGUGAGUCCUGGUGCUGCCUCGCCGCUCCGUCCAGGACCUUGCCAGGACCUCUUGCGCGGAACAGGCUCCGUGCUGGAGUUAGCCGCAGACAGUCAAGUCCCGGCGCGCGCUCCGCUUCUCCGCCAUCGACGCCGUCCUCCUCGUCGUCGUCUUCGCGCGUGCCUGUGUUGUGAUUUGUGUUGUGUUGUGACUAUACAGCGUGUGACAAGUGCGACACUGCCAUGGUGGGUGACGGCCCGGAUAGGGAGUGACACGGUGUGCCGCGGGACGCUGCUGGACGCUGCACUGCUGUCUCCGCCAUUCAGCGCAGCGAUCUCCCAAUCAGGAAGACAUGACCGCCUGAGCGGCGCCGCUCCCCCACCCCCUCGCCGGCCGCCGCCAACCCCAUGGGCCGCCGGCCCGCGCGCCAUGAAGCAGUCUGAUAUGCACAAGCAGAUAUCAGACAAGGCAAACAACAAUAGCAUCAUCAGCAACAACAACGAGGACCUGAACGGCACCGCGGACCUGCUGCGGUACCUAGCCAUGUUGGAGGCCACGUCGCUCAACUCGCUGAGCGGUCUUUGCGCGCCCGCGGAGGCGGCCACCCCUCGCGGCUCGCGCUCCGCCGCCAUGGUCUCGGGGGCGGCCGGGGGCGGCGGCCUGCUGGGGGUGGGGCUGGCGCUGUCCCUGCAAAGCGUGCUGGUGUCCUCGCUGCAGCAGGCCGCCCUGCUGCCCCCCAACUCGGCCGCCGCCGCCGCCCUCAACCUGCAGGCCCUGGAGUCGUACCUCACGUUGCAACGGCUCGCCGCCCCCGGUGGAGCCAACGCCUCCGGCGCCAACCCCUUGCCACUGGACCUCCUGCGGCUGGCCACCGCCACCAGCCUGGGCGCCGUCAAGUCCGCCCUCACCGCCCCCGCGCCGCUCGAGGCCGCCGCGUCCCCGCCACCCUCGCCGGAUGCCUCACCCUCGUCCACGGUGGCCGCGACCGAGCGGACGCGACCCUCCUCGCCGCGGUCUCCGAGCGCAGACCACCGCGACGACGACCUCGAGGAUGGCGACGAUGAUGUCGGCAGGACAGAGGACAGCAGGACUAGUCAGUUCCCCGCCUUCCCCGGGGACAGCCCGUACCCGACCGCCAAGUACCGGGCGCCCCCGCCAAAGCCGGCGACCCCCGCGACGACCGCCACGGCGUCCUCGCUGUCCGUGUCCUCCACGGCCACGGCCCCCGUGGCGUCCUCGGCCGUCAGCUCGUCGGCGGGCGGCGGCAGGGCGUCCCGCCCCAAGAAGCAGUUCAUCUGCAAGUUCUGCAACCGCCAGUUCACCAAGUCCUACAACCUGCUGAUCCACGAGCGCACGCACACGGACGAGCGGCCCUACUCGUGCGACAUCUGCGGCAAGGCGUUCCGCCGCCAGGACCACCUCCGGGACCACAGGUACAUCCACUCCAAGGAAAAGCCCUUCAAGUGCCUGUCCUGCGGCAAGGGCUUCUGCCAGUCGCGCACCCUGGCCGUGCACAAGAUCCUCCACCUGGAGGAGUCGCCGCACAAGUGCCCGGUGUGCAGCCGCUCCUUCAAUCAGCGCUCCAACCUCAAGACCCACCUGUUGACGCACACGGACAUCAAGCCGUACCACUGCGCGUCCUGCGGCAAGGUGUUCCGCCGGAACUGCGACCUGCGCCGCCACUCGCUGACGCACAACCUGGGCGCCGCGGCAGCCGCCGCCCUCGGCGCCGGCCUCGGCGGUCUCGGGGCCGGGCUGCUGGGCGUCGACGACAUCCUGGACGACGACAUGGACGACCUGGACGACCUGGACGACGACGUGGACGCCGGCAUGGCGGGCCUCGACGCCGACGAGGUGAACCCCCUGGCGUCCCGGACGGCCAGGGCCGCCGUCGCCGAGUGACCGCGGCCUCCGCCUCAGGACCUUCGCGCGUUUCGUGCAGCGAACUGAGACUGAGAACGAGGCAGAAACCGCCACGUGUACAUUGUUGAACGAACCCGCCGAAGAUAGCGCGCUGUCUGUGAGCGCCAGCUGUUGUUGCAACUGCCCUGUAAAAUAUGAUCUCAAUGACUGUAUAUACUGUUUGUGUUCGUUGUUUCUCUGUACAGCUGUAACUGAGAUUUCGUUUCUCCAGAAGUCUUUAUGAACUAUGAAAACUAUGUGAUAAGGCACGUGAGUGCUGUUUAAUGCAGGCGUAGAUAACUCAGUUUUUCUGCAGUGAUGUGUUUGAUUUAGUUUUCAGAGGUUGUGUUGAAAACCGUGAAACGAUUUGCAUUUUUUUGCAUGAUCCGUCCAGGUCUGCUCUCUCUAAAAUUUUCUCUUUCAGUUUUUAAGAUAUGUUUAAUGUUCCUCAAAUUAAAUCCUAGCCACUGUCACCGCGCGAUUUUGUACUAGCCAAGAUAGACGUGACGCUGCUCGACUGUAAAAUAAAAUUUGUGAUAAAAAGAGAA